AUGCUUGCAGCGCUGCUAAGUGGGCACCUUGCAAAGUACACGAAGGAAGCACUUCUGAGCAGUCCCGCAUUCUGCAGAUUCGCGCAAGAGUCCUCCAGAAGAGCCCAGGGCGCCUUUGAUGAAGCGAUGCGCACUGCGCAGCCGAUGAUUGAGAAGGCCGUUGAGAGGAGUCAGCAGACCAUCAGGGAGCUGGAGCGGAAAGCUGGCAACGGGUCGAAGAAUUAG